AAUAAGUUAUAUUCGUGAAUACUAAGUGUGGUGAAGUAGAGCAGACCAUUUCCUAAAAUUAUUCAAAAAACAUGAGUACUUCUGUAAAUCAAGAGGAAGAAAAAUUAAGUAUUACUACGCAUGUUUUGGAUACUAGCAGAGGUCGACCUGCUGAUGGCUUGUUUGUGGGUCUCUAUAAGUUUGAAAAUAACGAGUGGAUUUUUCUGAAAGGAAGCACGACAGACUCGAAUGGUCGUUGCGAGAAUCUGUUGCAGGGCUUGCAAGAGAAUUCAGGAUCUAGCAGAUUCAAGAUUGAGUUUUGGGUAAACGAUUAUUUCAAACGAAUCGCGACCGCCUCUAUGUACCCGAUGAUCGACGUGAUAUUCGACGUGCAACAUUCCAACGACCACUACCAUAUUCCUCUGCUGCUGAAUCCUUUCGGAUAUACCACGUAUCGUGGCUCAUGAUUGACAUAUCACGCUUAAUCCAGGAAUCAUUUGGAGUGUUUUUAUAUUCGUCACU